UCCUCGUUGAAGAGCGAGGUAUGGCUGCUGUCCCGGGGGCGGAGAAUCCGGGUGAUGAUGUAGAGGAGGAGGCGCUUGUCCGGUGGGGCCGAGUGAAUCGUCGGUGCGCCGCUGUGGCGGAUGAGGUUGGUGAUCCCAAGCUCUCGAAUGACGACCGCCUCGUUGUUGAGGAUCCAAUCGUCGCCACCAUAGGUUGCGAUGUCGUCACCGCGGAUGGGCAGCCCUGCGACCCGAGCAAAGGUAGGCAAAUCAAUCUCUAUGUCGUAGAGAUUGAUGCUGCUGCGAAUGGUGUCCCCGUCACGGCGGAGAUUGGAGUAGAAAGCCCGGACGAAGGCGGGAUUGAAGCUCGAGCGGCUCUUGGAGACGAAUGGCCACAAACCCGACGCUUGGAGUUGGUUGUCGAGGUCGUGGUACCCUUUGUCUUGGGGAAACAACUCUGGGAGCAUGCGAGGUGGAGAGAUCGGGCGCUUGGCAAAGUGAGUGAGGAAGCGCUUAAAAACCGCCGCUGGACGCCAUCUCUUCCUUUCGCCUUCUUCACCACCGUUCGUCUACAACUCCGCUGCUCACCCGACUCGUUCUUCCUCCUGUCCAGGUCAGUUCCUUCUCUCGCCGCCAUGAUUGUCUCAGAUUCCGAUUUGGCUACCCCAUCGUCCAAUUCUCGCCAAGCCGGUCAAUCGGCCUCUGACCGUAACCCCGACCACACUCCAUCACCCCGGCCGUCGCCGUCGGCCGUGCCUGGCCACAAACGGCGUCGAUUGAGGAAGCAAUACCCUUCCUCAACUCCGGUAGAUGAGGGCUCAAGGGUUAAAUUGGACGAAAACAUCAUGGCGUUGUGCCAUUGUCAAAUUACUGACCGGGGGUUCGCCGAUGCCACUGACAUGGUUGGACCCUCCAUCGAGGUCAUGAGACCUACCAGCACUCAAACUGCUCUAGACGCACCGUCGGGGUUCUUCACGGUCCAUCUGGCGUCUUUGAAGAAGGGGCUGCGCUUCCCACUCCACCCGUUGUUGAUCGAAUUCCUCAACGUGGUGGACCUUCUCCCGUGCAAACUGGUCCCCAACUCUCACCGGUACAUCGCCGGCUACCUGGUCCGGUGCAAAGAUGUAGGGGUGAAGCCGACCUUGGACCAUUUCAUAUUCACCUUCAAACUGACCAAGGGCCAUAAAGAUUGGGCGUCCUAUGCCAGGCGCCCUUCCUUCCGUCGCAUCCCACGCCCCCCACCUGAUGCCACCCUUUUGUCUAUCACUCGCCAAUUCUGCAAUAAGGGAGUUAUGAACAUCAAAGAGGUGGUGACAGAGGAAACCCUUGCCGGGUUGGGGUUGGAGUUUGUCCAGGAUGAGCUUCGCCACCAACCCGACCUACUGAGGGACAUCCCCGGGGGGCAUCAGCCUGACGAGCUGAAGGACAUUCCUGAGGAAGGUCUUGACUGUGGUCCUUUUGUGGAAUUACAAGAUUUAGGAGAGGAGAUGGACAGCGAUCUCCUGCUCAGUCGCUUCACUGCAGGGAGGAAAAGGAAGAGAGAGACGAAGGGCCAGGGCAAACGUCCUUCAUCCCACCACGAGGAGGGUCCUUCUCAAGCGCCGGCCGUAAUUGUGGUGGAGGACCAAGAAGAUGCUACCCAGGAACCGGGUACCAUGGCUGGCCAAUCCCCUCCACACCCCGUGAUGCAGGGUGGCGAACUCGCCGGGUCGUCUCAGGGCAUUGCCUUGGAGCGACCUCCAUCACCACCCGCAGUGACCUACGAGGUGGCGACCGGGGGUCGCUCGACGAGGCUCUGCAUCCCUCCCCUGCCCCAAAGCCUAGGGGACGUACAGCUGGAGACUCUUAUCACUCUGCCUGCAGAAGACCAGGCUCGUAUCUCGGCAGGCUCCGAGGACGACCUUGACAACAUGUGGCCGUCGGUGAAACCGCCGCCACCACCUCCAAACCCUUAUGAAGACUUUAGUGAGGCGUACGAGGCCCUCUCCGCCAACCGCCUGCCUGACGGGCGGAUUGACUGGGAUGCUCCAUGCCCCCUCCAUUCCCUGCAAUGUAUGGCCUGGGAGAGCUUUCAAGAUGAGCACUUACCCCUCCUGGAGCAUGAGUGCGCAUACUACGCAAGUCUUGAGCGAUGGACUAGCGAGAGUCGCACCAGUUCGCCGGUGAGGCCUACGGAGGAGGUUGUGUUAGGGGAAGAACUGGGUUCUCCCCUACCUCGCCCCGCUUGCCAUUCACUUCCCCAGAAGACCCCUAGGCGACCUGAAGUAGCUCGGGCGGCUCCAGGAUCUCCGUCCUCGCCUAGGUGAUGCUGGUUGGGGUUCACAGAGAAGUGAGCCGUCCCCCGUCCUUCCUUGGCAGGAGAAGGGCGGUGGGUUUUUGCCGAGGCUGGGGGCGACCACUCCCGUUCCAUGUUGGGGAAGAAAGGUGGUCGUCCUGG